CAAGAGUAAUGAGUGUUACCGGAAGUGGUAAUUUGUAUACAGCAAGCGCAGGUGACUGCGUGUGUUCUACAGUAUGUCUGUUCUCCACACUUCAGGGCCGCGCAUUUCAUCUCACAUUUUUCAGGAGAUAAACGCAGAUGAUGAGGAGCAGCAACCGACAGAGAUAGAAUCCCUGUGUAUGAACUGCUACCGCAAUGGGUUGACCAGGCUUCUCUUCACCAAGGUACCAUUCUUUAGAGAGAUCAUCGUCAGUUCCUUUACAUGUGAGUCCUGCAACUGGAGUAACACAGAGAUCCAGUCUGCAGGUCGGAUUCAGGACCUGGGUGUACGAUACUCCUUGCAAGUUAAGAACAAGCGGGAUGUGAAUCGUGAAGUGGUAAAAUCUGAUUAUGCAACAACGCAGAUUCCUGAACUUGACUUUGAAAUCCCAGCUUGUACCCAAAAAGGAAGUCUCACUACGAUUGAAGGUAUGCUGGAGAGAGCAAUUGCCGGUCUGCUACAAGAUCAGCCACUCCGCAUUGCUGAAGAUGAGCGAGUUGCAGAGAAAAUUAAUGAAAUCAUUACUAAGCUGCAGCGUUUGAAGGACGGAGAGACCAGCUUCACUUUAGUCUUGGAUGACCCUUCUGGUAAUAGCUUUGUAGAGAACCCAUAUGCCCCUCAGAAGGAUGAGCAGCUGACUGUAACACGUUACAAAAGAAGCUCAGAGCAGGACCGAAUGAUUGGUCUGGAGAAAUCGGCUGUAGCUGCGGAACCAAGUGAGAUCCCAGCGUGUAACGCAGAGGAGCUGAGAGAUGAGGUGCUGCAGUUCCCCACCAACUGCCCAGAAUGCAACGCUCCAGCAGCAACCAACAUGAAGCUUGUGCAGAUUCCUCACUUCAAGGAGGUGAUUAUUAUGGCCACUAAUUGUGAUUCCUGUGGCCACCGGACUAAUGAGGUUAAAUCUGGAGGUGCCAUUGAACCUCGUGGAAGCAAAAUCACGCUUCACAUCACUGACCAGUCGGACCUCACGCGAGAUCUCUUGAAGUCAGAGACGUGCAAUGUGAAUAUCCCGGAGCUGGAGUUUGAGCUGGGGAUGGGAGCACUUGGUGGCAAGUUCACGACAUUAGAGGGACUCCUGAAGGACAUCCGAGACCUGGUCGUCGACAAGAACCCGUUCACGCUUGGCGAUAGCUCCAUGUCAGACAGGAAGGGGAAGCUGCAGGAAUUUGGCCGUAAGAUUGACCAGAUCCUCGAGGGCCACAUAAAAGCCCAUGUGAUCCUGGAUGACCCGGCCGGUAACAGCUAUCUUCAGAAUGUGUUUGCUCCGGAAGAGGAUCCUGAGAUGACUGUAGAAAACUACGAUCGAACAUUUGAUCAGAACGAGGACCUUGGUCUUAAUGAUAUGAGGACAGAGGGAUAUGACAGCUGUGAGAAGACCAUACAGAGCUAAUGCAGACAUCGGAAUCUGUCUGAGUGGAGGGAUGCAGGAUCCAAUAUUUAUUUAAUAUGUGACCCCCAUGCCGUGUAUGACAAUGCUAUUCGUACACUGUAUGUUUACUCCCCCUGGAGAGCUGAUCUGGUCAUAUCCCAGGGUUCUUAUUCACUUGAUCUGCGCAGAUACUUUGAGGUAAAUGUGUUUCAGCUUUGAAGAUCAGAUUUGCUGUUUCAUAGGUUCCCACUGGUUUACCAAACUGUGCCUUUAUAAUCUGUUAAAAGCCAGAGCUGUCUACCAGCACCUUGGUUAUGAGAGGUAGAAGCUAACAGUUAAAUGGCCAUGAAGUGUCUUGUGCUGAGAAACAAAACGUCUGUUUGUUUGUUUUUUCUCUAUAAUCAGAUACUUAUUUUUCUAUUGGACAAUAUGAAAAGUCAGCGAUGUGUAGUGAUUAAACAUCUGGGGUCACAUAUAGUUGCAUUUACGUUUGAGAUCAAAUGGAACGUGUAUAUAGGAAAUACAAGUAGCUCUUUUUAUGCGCAGUAGGGUGUUAUCUCUUCACCUUCGCUUAGGACCAGACAUAUUACUAAUGCUUAAUAUCAUAUUCAGCUACUCCUGUUACAAGUAAGCAGCAGUGUCACACAAAGAAAAGAGAGCUAAAAUGUGUAAAACCAAAAACCUAUCUAGACUGUAUCUAACAGCUGAUUGCUUAUGUAGUAAGGAGCACACGCAGCAGAGAUGGGGACUUCUAGAAUUACACGUGAAAGCUUGUUCCCCUGAUCCAGUGCCGUAUGACUCCUGUAAUCGCCACUGUCUGCUGGAAUAUAUCACCAUCUGCUGCUCUUACAAAUCACCAGAAAUCAUCCAUUUGUAGAAACAUUUUAAAUACAUUUUGUUUUGUUUUUUUCAAUCUCCCAGUUAUGUGAUUGUUCAGUUUGAAGAGUAUAUUCUAGGCUGUCCCUGAGCAGAAAACAAUUUCCAAGCUUGGGUUUUUAUUCAUUUUAUUCAUAAGGGGCUAGGGCAGUUAUGGAAUUCUGUUUAGUUUCACUGUUAGGUUAUGUUGGCUCAACAUGAUGUAACUGGGAAGCCCCUUAGUACAGAAUGCUCAUAUAUGUAGAGCAAAUCCAGUGAGCUUUUUGGAUUUCAAUAAAAUACAAGCCUUAUACCAUC